ACCAGUUCGGUAAAAAGAACAGGCUUUUCCUUACGUUACGAGAUCGUAUAUACUAACAAUUAAAAAUGGGAAACAAAAAAAGGAAACGUGAUGAUGAAGACGAAUACUAUUUGAAAAUGCAAAUAGGUCAUAUCAAAAAUCAAGAAAAGCGUCUCAUCGUUAUAUUGGAAAAUGCCCAAUUGGAAUCUGUAAAAGUUGGAAAUAGCUUUGAACUGUUGAAUUGCGAUGAUCACAUACACAUUUUAAAGAAAUAUAAUCGUGCUCCAGGCACAUGCAGGCCAGAUAUCACUCAUCAGUGUCUGUUAAUGUUAAUGGAUAGUCCGUUAAAUCGAGCUGGAUUGUUACAAGUUUAUAUACACACAGAAAAAAAUGUAUUGAUAGAAAUUCAUCCACAAACCAGGAUACCAAGAACAUUCAAACGCUUUGCUGGAUUGAUGGUACAAUUAUUACAUAAAUAUGGUGUCAGAGCAUCGGAUGGCCCAAUGAAGCUUCUUAAAAUAAUUAAAAAUCCUAUUACAAAUCAUUUGCCAGUUGGUUGUCGUAAGAUAUUGAUGUCAUUCAAUGCAAGUAAAGUACUGAAUCCACGAGAGCUUGUACCCACUGAAGAUCCCAUUGCUAUUGUAGUUGGAGCUAUGGCACAUGGUCAAGUCAAAACAGAUUACACAGAAGAUACCUAUUCAAUUAGUAAUUAUCCUCUCUCAGGCGCCAUUGCAUGUAGUAAAUUAUGUACAGCAUUUGAAGAAGUUUGGGGAGUUGUUUAA